AUGGAGGACGACAAGAAGCAGCAGCAGCAGAAAACCUCCAAAGAAGUUUACUUCAGCGUCCUGCCGGAUAAAUAUGAACCUCUGAUCGAGGAGGACGAGGUGGACGAGGAGGAGAGGAGGAUGAAGAAGGAGGAGAAGAAGAGGAGGAAGAAGAUGAGGCACAAGAAGUACAGGAAGAACAUGGGGAAGGCGGUGCGCUUCACCUGGCGCUGCUUGGUGGGAUCAGUGCUGGCGAUCGGGGCCAUGUACUCGGCUACUCCGCUGUCCACCGUGUUUCUGGAGGCCAACCAAACCCGCCACAGCCGAAGAUGACUCGUGUUUACGUCGACUUUGUUUGUUUGUUUACUGUUGUUUACUAAACUGUGCUUCCCGCUGAAACUUUAAAACUGUUGACAUUGACCUGUUCUGGAUCUUCCUUUUU